UCGCGGAAACGGAUGUGACGUAGAGCGAAGACGCUAAAGUUUGAAGGAUUUUGAGCGGCGAGAUUCGUGCUCAGGAUCUUCAUUUCAGGUCUGAAGUUAUAUUUACACGUAAAUACCUAUUUUCAACACGCCAUUAAACCCAUUUUGAAAGUUGGGCAGAAAACGACUCAUAAAACGCGAAAAUUAGCUAGACUGACCUGGUUCAGCUCGGCUAACGGCCACCAUGAAGAAACAAGAAGGCUCAUGGGAGAGACUUGAUACUGAAUUUGACCAUCUGCUCCUGGAUAUGAAACCCUAUAUGCUUAAACAUCCAAAUAAAACAGAACGCCAGCAUUGCGCCGUAUGGAUAAAGAAGCUGUGCGACCCAGCUGCAUGUGGUUCAGAUCGAAAGAAUCGCAACAUGUACGCUCGUGUGCUCCUCCACAUGCUCAAGAGAGGCGUUCUGGAGGGUCCUUUCACCAGCAAACCAGAGCACGGGGGCCUCAAGACACUCCCUGCUUAUAUGUCCAUCUACUUUGAGGAGCCACUGAGUGGUCUAUGUGGUGAGCAGAGCAACAGAGGUGUACCCGACUGGGUGAGAGGAGAUCUGAGUGGCUGCACUGAUGACAGCUUGGCUGCAGAUCUACUGAAAAAAAGACCCAGUUCAACACCUGUUAGAGCUCUUCACAGGAGAAGGCUGAAUGAAGAGGAGAACUCUUCCCUGCCCAUGUCCUCCAGUCCUCUCAAACAAGCACCCAGAAAAGAUGCCAGGCAGGUUAGUUUAUCAGCACACAGUCCUACCCACCUCUGGGGUUCAAGAUCCAUCAGAGUUGAUACAUUUAUCUGAGGUUGAAGUGUUCCACAACAAACAUGGUUUCAGUUUACAGAUAACGCUUAAGGGAAAUUUCAUACACUGAAAACGUGCAGGUUAAAAAAUAGAGCUAUCGGUUUUUAACAUUCAGAAAUUCACAGCUUCAUAAUCCAUUAACUAACUUGGACAGUUCUGGUUAAAAAAAUAAUACAGGUUAAGCACUGUUUUGAGACUCUUUGAAGAAGCCCAGGUGGAUCUGGUCAUUUAUGAGGGUGUAGUUUAGCUGGGCUGUCCAUCCUGUAUACGUGAAUUUAUAGUCUGGCCAUGGCCCAGAGGGAGAGCUCAGUCAUGAGGCGAGAUCUAUGGAUGUCUUUCAAAUCGUCUCCACAUGCUAUUGGUCAACAAACAACGUGACAUACUCACCAAUACAGGUGUCAGUGAACGGGAGCAGUCUGCCAUACACUGUUUAAGGGCUUAAAUUUCUCUAUCUGCUCUUGACUCAAAGAAAAGCCCAAGUCUGCAAGGUCCAAAGUUUAUGCCAACGUCAUUUCUAACAAGCUGUCACCAUCUUGUUCCACUCCAUCGCAUUAUCAUGCCCACCGAACCAGUAGAGCGCUGUGAUUGACCCACCAAACAGAAAAAAUGCAGUGAUUGGCCCACCAUCAGAGAGAGUGCUUUGAUUGGCCCACCAAACAGAAAGAGCGCUAUGAUUGGCCAACCAAACAGAGAGAGGGCCGUGAUUGGCCCACCAAACCAAUAGAGUUCUGUGAUUGGCCCACCAAACCAAUAGAGAGCUGUGAUUAGCCAUGUUCGAGAUAAGUCAGUUCUGUGCAGAUUAGAUCAGCUGUGAUCGGCGAGAAGUGCGUGCCGGUUAGAUUUGUGUCCAACUUGAUGCCGACUUGCUCUGACGUCAUGCAUACGUAGGCAACGAUAAACUCGUGAGAUCAAGGUGGCCGCAGAUUUUGGAGCAAGGCGCUGCAGUUGCUCUCCCUCAGCUGCAAAACCUAGGGGAUGACGGGAAACGCCUGGCUCUCACCUGUUCUAAGAUCUGAUUGGUUCAUAUUUUGAUCUGAACAUCCGGUGGUAGAACAUGAAACGCUAGUUGUUCACAUGUAUUCUGUAAAUCACGUUAUGUUGAUGAUGACAACUAUAUAGGCCAUAAAGAGAAAUGUGUUUUGUGUUAUUUUGUCACGUUUCCUAUGAGCACACUGAAGCUACAGCUGAUAACCUUUACUUAUUAUUACAGUCAUGUCUUCAAAUAGAAUAUUUGAUAUCCACAAGUACGUGAGGAUGUGUUUCAGCUGCUAACAGGCACCAGAAUUAAAAUUGAAAAUGAAACAAGUGUGAAUGCUAAUGCGAUGUGUUCAUCCGUCGUCACCUGUGAGCUACACAUGUAGGGAAAUCCGUCCGACUUAAACGCCGGCUUUCAGCCACUCCCCCUGCUGCUUCCGUCUGCUCUCGUCUGGUUUCCAGGCGAGGCGCAGCUCAACUCGAACACGGCCAUUGACCCACCAAACAGAAAGAGCGCUGUGAUUGGCCCACCAAACAGAGAGAGGGUAGUGAUUGGCCCACCAAACCAAUAGAGAGCUGCGAUUGGCCUACCAAACCAAUAGAGAGGUGUGAUUGACCCACCAAACAGAUCGAGCGCUGUCAUUGGUCCAUCAAACCAAUAGAGAGUUGUGAUUGGCCCACCAAACAGAUCGAGCGCUGUCAUUGGUCCACCAAAGCGAAAGAAUGCUGUGAUUCAUCCAAUGGCCCAUGUGGUAUUUUGAUAACCAGUCCACACACAGCCACAACCUGCUUUUUGGUGCCAGACAAGAAUAAAAUAUUUCAGAAAAGCUUAACAUCCUGAGUUUAAAGUUGCAGCAGAGCUGUGUUGUCACGCUGUACUGGAAGAAGUGUAAUUCUUCAGCCAAUAAGCAAGUCAUCAUCUGUAGAUACUACUUUGAUUAAUACCACAUGGUGCUUACGUUCCUGAUACAAUACAGAGACUGUGAAAUGCUGGUUUGAACAGCAUGUCCAGCAACCUGAAAGGAAAGAUUUACUCUGAGGGUGAGGCCUUCAUACCAAAUUUUAACCAGAGGGGACAUUUAAUCCUCAGAUUUUCCGUUCAGCUUUUUCUCUGUUGGUGCUUUUAAGCAAACGCUCCAUCUGAUCCUAAUCAUAUCCAAUAUCUGCCUCUUUCCUAUUGGUCACAAUUCUAUUAGAUAGUUCCUCUAUUUUAGACUUUAAACUGACCUUGAGAAAAGGGUCAGAGACACAGAUAUAACGUGGGAGUAGAGUACUGUUGGUUUGGGAGGAAAGCACAUAAGGGCGUAUCUUCUGCCUGUAAGCUUGAAGAAACCUCUUGUUGCCAAGAGAGGAAUUAUAACAUAUCAGCAGGCAGAGAUAACCUCCGCCAGUUCCUGUUGUUUGCUUCUUUGAGCCAAACUGCCAAUCAAAGUGCUGGCAAGAGUAAUUUAAAUCCCAUCCUCUAGUUUGAAUCACCCUGCUGUUGACGCUACCCAUCUUUUUCCCUUCUCAGGUGGACGGGGUGUUAAAAGCUAACCCGUAUUCUGAUGACAGUGACCUGGAGGCUUGUCUCAACAGCUGGAGCCUGGGGAUCGAGAACCCCAGGUAUUUAAGAGAGAAUCCCGUUCCCUUUUGCCCA